GAAGCCACAAGGUAGGCUGUCAUUCUGCAAAAGCUGCCCAGAACAGGCUUUCCUCUGAAAAGCAGUGCCAUUCCUUUUUAGAAAGACUGAAUCUAAGUGCUGUCUCUGGAGACAAGAAGCCUUCAGUAUGUUAAAUUACUUUCAUUAUGUAUUUUCAGAUGCUUAUUGAUUCCACAGUAGGAAGAGUGAGAGACUGCAGCAGCCUCCAAGCAGCACUACAUGUUCCAUACAUUAGCAGUACUGCUGAAACAAUGGCACAGUACAGACACACAUUUUCAUUAAGGUCUUUUUCGAAGAGGUGUUUAUGACCCUCUUCCCCCAGUCCUCUACUAACCAGUGAACAAAAUGAAUCAAUCAAAACUGGAAAUGCUUCAACUACAUCAAGAAUUUAUCAAAUCUUUAGCAGAGGGCCCAAAGCAGCUAAUUCAGUAUUUACAACUGACAAUAUGAAGAAUGCAUCUGACCCAUCACCUCCCUAGCUGUCUGAACCACAAACUGCAGGAUAUUCUUGCAACAAUGAUUUUAAGACAUUAAGGAGUUAAAACCAGAGAAUAUAGGUCUACGUUACUGCUGGGAUAUAACACAUCGACAGUAACCAUCCUAAGAAGAUGCUAUAUAAAACAGCCACAAAAUGAAAAUAUAACUGUAAAAGCCUGAAAACAAAAUGGUGAGCAUUUUUAAAGGGGGAGUUUAUAAUUUAACAUACCAAAAUUGUGGAGCCACCAAUUCUUGAAGAAACAAUGAAACAUGGAUUGCCAAGAGAAUGAUAUACAUUACCAGCAAGCUAAAUGAAGCUUUAGCAAGUAUUUUUCUGUGCUAAAUAUUCAGAUAUUCGUAUCAAUUGAUAUUACUAAAGGAUUUUUCCAUCUGAGUUUUAUGACCAAUUAUGUAUCCUCUUCUAAUGAAAACAAACCAAAUUAAAUAGCAGAUGGUUUUUAUCAAGAGAACAUGGACUGGACUUAUAACCAAGUUAUGUGACCAAGAAAUCAUUUCAAAAUAAUGAGGACUGCUAUAGAAACAGAUUUACAUUUGUAACAAAAGGAUGUCUAAGUACAUUUUAGAAGCUAGAAACCUUAUGUUUCUUUUGUUUUCACAUGUUCUGGAAAAUAAAGAGACAUCAUCACAUAUUCUCUCAAAGGGAAACAAUUCCUAUCAUUUGAGGAAGUUUCUCUCGGUCGUGACUUUUUAAGGCAAAACAAACACAAGUAUUUUGUACUGGUCUUUAGAAAUUCAUCAGCCAACUAAAUCUCACAAUUCAUGCAGUUGAAGUACUGGAGAGAAAAAUGAAAGAAUUCCUACAAGACAUGAAAUAAAACACAGCUACUUCACUGUUGUCAGGUAAAAAUUCAUGUCCAAAUCUGUUAAUGACAUCAUGUAUCAUAUUGUGAAAAACUGCUAUAGUGAGCCAAAAGGCCCAUAAGGCAACAGCAAACAGGGAAAAAACCAACUGCUCCAAAAGAAUGUGUUUUUCUCCCAUUCUGGAAAUCAACAUGCAGUCUGAAUCUAACAUUACAGUGCGAGAUGACAUUGAUGACAUCAACACCAAUAUGUACCAACCACUAUCAUAUCCAUUAAGCUUUCAAGUGUCUCUCACCGGAUUUCUUAUGUUAGAAAUUGUGUUGGGACUUGGCAGCAACCUCACCGUAUUGGUACUUUACUGCAUGAAAUCCAACUUAAUCAACUCUGUCAGUAACAUUAUUACAAUGAAUCUUCAUGUACUUGAUGUAAUCAUUUGUGUGGGAUGUAUUCCUCUAACUAUAGUUAUUCUUCUGCUUUCACUGGAGAGUAACACUGCUCUCAUCUGCUGUUUCCAUGAGGCCUGUGUAUCUUUUACAAGUGUCUCAACAGCAAUCAACGUUUUUGCUAUCACUUUGGACAGAUAUGACAUCUCUGUAAAGCCUGCAAACCGAAUUCUGACAAUGGGCAGAGCUGUAAUGCUAAUGAUAUCCAUUUGGAUUUUUUCAUUUUUCUCAUUCCUGAUUCCCUUUAUUGAGGUAAAUUUUUUCAGCCUUCAAAGUGGAAAUACAUGGGAAAACAAGACACUUCUGUGUGUCAGUACGAAUGAAUACUACACUGAACUGGGAAUGUAUUAUCACCUGCUAGUACAGAUCCCAAUAUUCUUUUUCACUGUCAUAGUAAUGUUAAUCACAUACAGCAAAAUACUUCAGGCCCUCAAUAUUCGAAUAGGCACAAGAUUCUCAACAGGGCAGAAGAAGAAAGCAAGAAAGAAAAAGACGAUUUCUCUAACCACACAACACGAGACUACAGACAUGUCACAAAGCAGUGGUGGGAGAAAUGUAGUCUUUGGUGUUAGAACUUCAGUCUCUGUAAUAAUUGCCCUCCGGCGAGCUAUGAAACGACACCGUGAACGACGAGAAAGGCAAAAGAGGGUCUUCAAAAUGUCUUUAUUGAUUAUUUCUACAUUUCUUCUCUGCUGGACACCAAUUUCUGUUUUAAAUACCACCAUUUUAUGUUUAGGCCCAAGUGACCUUUUAGUAAAAUUAAGGUUGUGUUUUCUAGUCAUGGGUUAUGGAACAACUAUAUUUCAUCCUCUAUUAUAUGCAUUUACUAGACAAAAAUUUCAAAAGGUCUUGAAAAGUAAAAUGAAAAAGCGAGUUGUUUCCAUAGUAGAAGCUGAUCCCAUGCCUAAUAAUGCUGUAAUACACAACUCUUGGAUAGAUCCUAAAAGAAACAAAAAAAUUACCUUUGAAGAUAGUGAAAUUAGAGAAAAAUGUUUAGUACCUCAGGUUGUCACAGACUAGGGAAAAGGCUAAGUUUCACCAAACCCACACUCAGAAGUUUUAAAUUUAAACUGUAAAAAAUUACUGCCAAAUAUAAGAAAAACAUUUUAAGUACUGGUUAUGUUGUAAAUUUUCAAUGUAAAUGUCAAGAUUAGAUUAGGUCAUAUAUAUUCAAUUUCUUCAUUACUUAAUGUAUUUGUUGCAUGGCAGUUUGUUAAGGUAAUAUCAUGUGUAUAUUUUGUCAAUAUUAUGUCCAACAGAAGAUAUUUAUGUAAGUCAUAUUUUCUAAAGAAUAAAUACAUAGCCUUAAAACACUGUAUAACUUUAAAAUAUAACUGACACAGGUAUCCUUGCUCUUUUUUUUUUAUAAAGUGUAUUGUUUCUAAGCCACAAACUAUAUCUAUAUGUUAACAACUGGAAUAGCAUUUUAACAUAAAAAGCAAAAUUAUGGGCUCCAAGCAACCAAAAUGACCCAGGAUUUUCUAUACCACUAUAUUAUGUUUUCUAGCAUAGUCUACUUGCUAUAAUAUUUGAUUCAUCAAAAAUAAUGAACUAUAUAUGAAACUUUAUCCUUUUUGGAAUGUAGGAAAUUGUAGGAUUUAUCAGGAUUUUAAAAUUCAAGAACCAAAAAACAAACAACCGUGUAUAUGCACAUCAAGAUAGGGAAACUUCUGAAAUUCAAGUUUAUUAUGAAAAAGAGACUGAUUUUCUAAGAUCAAGGGCACUAUGCCUAUAAUAUACAAAUGAACUGACAAUAAAAGGAAGGAAGAAAACUAAGGCUUCUUUCCUCCUUCCUCACUUUGGUUGAGUUAACCCAAAUGCUCUGGAAAUACAGUAUACUGGCAAAAACCAGUGCAUUAAAAUAAACAGACAUCCUAACUUUAUUCAAGUCAGCCUUUUUGUAUAACAGAAGUUAACUACUAAAAUCUGAAUACAAGGAAGGAAAAAAAAAGCCUUUAUGUCAUUAUAGAAAAGCCAACUCUUUCUAACUUUAGAAACAUAACUUUAGAGUCAUACAAUUUACACAAUGCUCCUACACUCUCAGAGCUCCCAAGUGUUUCCAAAUAUAGUAGUCCUUUUCAACUCUCAAAGUCAUUAAAGUGGCAAUAAAUCUUGUGAAUUUUUUUACUCUACACCACGUAAUUAAAUUUAAAGCAUUUUGCCUCCAAUCCCCAAUUCAUGUUAGAAAACUGUGAAAUUACUAAUCCUAACUAUAGAUAUCAGGUUUGAGAAUCUCAUAUCACACAAGUAUUUUCCAAUUGUUAUAAUCUAAUAAUCUAUUGAUGAGUGCUAAUUAUCACUGUACCUGAAAAACAGCAAUAAGUUAUUUAAAGUAGGCAAAUACUUGCUCCCUUGUAAUGGGUUAACUGGACAAUUCUUUAUUGUUUUUUCAUACUGUAUUCACUAAAUAAAGUAGCAACUCAUUUUUAAAUAAAAAAUUUUUAUGUCAUUCAAUAAUAAUCUCUCAUUGAAAGAAACAUGUUUUCAUUAGGUGGUCUUCUAUAAUUAAAAAUUAAAUGUUGGACUGUGAAGAAAACAACCAAUUCAAUAAUAUACCACUUUUAUGUAAAUAAAUGAAAUUCAUCCAAUUUAGUUUACUGAAUACCUUAUCCCUUGGGGAAAUGAGAACCAUGCAAUAGCAGGAAUUCAUUGAGGUUUACAUGACAAAUUUAACAGUGAUAUAUUUCUGAUAAUAAUGUUAUGUUGACAUAAUGUCAAAUCUUGGCAAAGAAGCGGUUU